AUGAGUUUGUUGUACAAUCAAACAAACAAGCAAGUGCAGCAGCUAAAAAGGGACAUCAACUCAUUACGCAAAUCACUAGACAAUGGUGACUCUCCCAAUGUUACAAUUUCUCUCAUUGGUGCAAUAAGUAGCACAAUCUCAUCAAUAGGACGUUCAAUUGAUGACUUUCAAUCAUACAUUAACAAUCAAGAGGAGGGAAGUUUGAAAGCCAAGAAUCAAAAACGUGCAGAAAACAUACGGUUCGAAUAUGGUGAGCUCAAGGUGGAAUUUGAAGAUUUGAGAAAACGCCGAGAUGAGGCUAUCCGUGCUCUAAAGGAGCAGGAGCGUUCCAAUCUCUUUAUGGAAACAAACAUGGCUAAUGCUAGUGGUCUAAGUGACAAUCCAUACAAUGUUGGAUAUCGUGGAAAGCAGGUGGAGAGAAAGGAGAGCGAGAUGAUGAUGGACCAACAAAUUAAAAUGGAGAGAGGGAACGCAAAAUUAGACGAAAUCCUAGAGAUGGGACGAGCUGCAUUUGAUGAUAUUGUACAGCAGAACGAGACAAUUGCUAAAGUCAAGGAUAAAAUGUCUGCAGGCUUGCAUACGUUAGGUGUGUCUCACGGCACUGUUGUGCAGAUCGAAAAGGUGAUGUUUGAGGAUAAAGUUAUUUUUUAUCUUGGUGCAACAUUAACAUUAUUUACUAUGUACUUGAUUUGGUCCUACCUUGGCUAG